AUGGUGGGGUUGAUUGUUUCUGGAAAAUCGAAAUGCUUAAUUUCUUCUCGUUUUCGUCUUAACAAGGUUCGUCUGAGUUUGCCUCAAAAACGGAUUCACCAUCAUGAAAGCAUCCGUAUGUCAUUUCAGAAACCAAGAGCUUUUAUGGAUUCUUAUAAUCAGUCUUCUAGCUUUUUAGAUCUCUUAAAAAACCAACAACCACACAAUGACCCUAGUAUACAAACCGCUGCCUCAAAUGUCAUGUUUGGAACACAAUGGGAUGAAGCUGCAGACGUAGAAGCUCAUAAUGUGGACGACCGUAAGGAGAGAAGGAAAUGGUCACCAACAGAGGACGUUGUGCUCAUCAGCGCUUGGUUGAACACCUCCAAAGACCCAGUGGUUGGGAAUGAGCAGAAAGCAAUUGCGUUUUGGAAACGAAUUGCAGCUUAUUUUGGGUCAAGUCCCAAACUUGCUGGUUUGCAAAAGAGAGAGCCUACUCAUUGUAAACAAAGGUGGAGAAAAAUUAAUGAGGGCGUGUGUAAGUUUACUGGGUGUUACGAUGCUGCAAACAAACAGAAAUCAAGUGACCAGAACGAGGAUGAAGUGUUGAAGAUGGCUCAUCAAAUAUUCUUCAAUGAUUACAAGAGCAAGUUCACACUAGAGCAUGCUUGGUUAGAAUUUAGGCAUGAUCAGAAAUGGUGUGGUGCUUCCUCUACUAAAGGAAAUGUGAACUCCAAAAGAAGAAAGCUUGAUGACCAAUCUUCUUUUUCUUCAACGUCAGUGCCACUUAGCCACGGCGAGCAUGAAGCCGCUCGGCCUGUUGGUUUUAAAGCCGCUAAGGCCAAAGGUAAAAGGUCUUUGUAA